UCAUUUCAUCACAUUAAUAUCCCCAUUUUUCACAACAAAAAAAUUAUAUAUACUAUACAUAUCACAAAUACUUUGUACUAGUCUUCUUCAUUCACUACUCUCUCUUUUCAUAACUAGUACUAGUACUAGUUAGUUAACAGCAUAAGAAAUUACAAGAAGCAAAGAUGGUGAGAGCUCCUUGUUGUGAAAAGAUGGGAUUGAAGAAGGGUCCAUGGACGGCAGAGGAAGAUCAAAUCCUCAUUUCUUACAUCCAAAAACAUGGCCAUGGCAAUUGGCGUGCCCUCCCAAAGCAAGCAGGGUUGCUAAGGUGUGGAAAGAGCUGCAGAUUAAGGUGGAUAAAUUAUCUGAGGCCUGAUAUCAAGAGAGGGAAUUUCACCAUUGAAGAAGAAGAAACCAUCAUCAAGCUUCAUGAAAUGCUUGGCAACAGGUGGUCGGCAAUUGCGGCAAAAUUACCCGGAAGAACAGACAACGAAAUCAAGAAUGUGUGGCACACACAUUUGAAGAAGAGGCUCAUCAAACCAAACCAAAUGAAUUCAUCAUCAUCAGAUACCAAAAGGGUAUCUAAUAAGUCAAAGAUCAAACGUUCUGAUUCAAAUUCAAGCACCAUAACUGUUCAAUCAUCGGAACCAGCAAGUCUCAAUAGUAAUUUCCCUGAAAUGGACACAACUUCAGCAUCAUGCACCACCACUACAACAACAACCUCUAGUGAAUUCUCAUCAGCCACAAAUACUGGUGAAAGAAAGAUCAUGAACAUGAUGAACAUCAAGAAUGAGGAGCUAGAAGAUUCUUUGGAGAACAUAAUUGAUGAAAGCUUAUGGACAGAGGCAGGAAUUGAUGAUGAAACCACCAACAUGACAAUCUCAAAUAAUGAGUUGCCCUCACUUCAAUAUUAUGACCCAGUAUUUAAUAAUUCUGAGGAGAAUUUAAGCUUCCAACCAAGUACAAACUUUGAGGAUGAUGGCAUGGAUUUUUGGUAUGACAUAUUCAUUAGAACUGGGGAGUCAAUAGAAUUGCCAGAGUUCUGAAAUUUUUCUCAAAAAUUAAACCGUGCAUGCAUCUUGGAACAUGAAAUUAUUUUUAUUAGAGGAUUAGAAUACUUUGCAUUAUGAUCAUCAUAAUUGAUUUUGACCAUCAUGGUAACUUGAAUUGACCGUUGCAUGGCAUUCAAUUUGUACAUUAAUUUCUGGUGUGGUGGGGACAGUGGAUCGGAUGAGGGACCAAAAGUGAGUGAAACAAUGCACAAUGACUUGGUUUAAUGUAUACUUGGGCCCAAAAGAAUACCAAGUCUCUAACAUUUUUCAGCUUUACAGAUUUUACUAUUUUAGUCGUAUUUGAUUAGGGCUUAGACCUCUUUGAUUGUAAUACAAAUAAACGAUGAUGUACUAAAGUAUGUCAACUAAUAUAAGUAUUCAAAUUUGUUA